CGACUCACCAAGGUUUAAGAAGGGUUUAAAGUUUACUAUUGGCUUAUUCUCCAAUCGAAAUGCCCACCCGGUCGUCUAUAUUUCACAUUUUUUUUUUUUGAUCACAUGAACUUCUACUUCGAAAAUUUUCUUUCCCCAUUUGCAUCUACUCUGUUAUUCGUCCUUCUCCAGUCUAUCUAUUCAACUAGGCUUCCCCUCUGCAUUAAACAUUUAUUCCUCACAAUUUGAUGUCCAGCACCAAAUCCCCCAUUUCUCUGAAUAUCAACAUUGGUCGCUUGACCCCCAAUCCAGUUUAUAAACCGAGAACUUUUUUACUAAAACCGCCCGAGAUUUCCACCGUUAUGUGGAAAAAUAUAGCAAAACUAGUCUCUUCCAGAACCCUCAGAACCCAAGAAUUUGGUUCCAUUUUUAAUCCUCACUCUCUACCUCGAACUUACAGUUUUCUUGGUUUUUCCCAAGAUUCUAUUUUUCCUCAGAAAUUCAAGUUUUCAACUCUUGACUUCAAUCCCUGCUCCGGCAACGGAUUUCUAGAACAGGGUUUUCGAAAAGUUGGUGAGUUUUCGACUAGGGAUGGGUUUUUGGCCAGGCCAAGUUUGAAUUUUGCGAGGAACCAAAUUAGCAUCAAUGGUCUGAGCCAGAAAAGCUACGCAAGUCUGGCCGAGGCGAUUGCAGUUUCAUCAACUGAUGUGGAAGAAGAUACUUCUGUAGUUGCCGCAGAUGAGGUUCAUGAAUUGUUGAGUGAAAUGAAAAAGGAAGACAGAAGGCAGAUGAGCUUUCGGUGGCGCAAGCAUCAUAGAGCAGUUUAUGGAAUGGGCAGUAAGAAGUACCAUGCGCUGAAAAGGAGGCAAGUGAAAAUUGAGACUGAGGCGUGGGAACAAGCAGCUAACGAGUACAAGGAGCUGUUGAAUGAUAUGUGCGAACAUAAGUUAGCACCAAAUUUGCCAUAUAUGAAGUCGCUUUUUUUGGGAUGGUUUGAGCCUUUGUGCAGUAAGAUUGCUGAGGAGCAGGAGUUAUGUAGGCUGCGGAAAAGCAAGGCUGCCUAUGCAAAGUAUUUUCAUCAGUUGCCAGCUGAUAUGAUGUCAGUCAUUACUAUGCAUAAGUUGAUGGGAUUGCUGAUGACAGGAGGUGAGCAUGGCAGUGCAAGAGUAGUAUCAUCUGCUUGUCUAAUAGGUGAUGCUAUUGAACAGGAGAUUAGGAUACACAAGUUUCUGGAGAAAACCAAGAAGAAAAAAAUAAAUGAAGAUAUGAAAAUGGAAGGAGAUAUGAGUACCAGUGUAAUUCAAGAACAAGAGAAACUACGGCGAACUGUUACAAAUUUGAUGAAAAAACAAAAGCUGCAUGUGGUGCAGCAGAUAGUGAAGGGUCAAGAUGAUUCAAAACCCUGGAGUACAGAGGUUAAAGCAAAGGUUGGGAGCCAUCUCAUCGAGUUGCUUCUGCAAACAGCAUACAUUCAGUCUCCAGCUGAUCAGUUAACAGACUGUCCACCUGAUAUUAGGCCUGCAUUUAUACACACAUUUAGAACUGUAACCAAUAAUACAAAGAGUCCUAGCAGAAGGUAUGGCAUCAUCCAGUGUGAUCCUUUAGUCCUCAAAGGCCUUGAGCGAACUGCCAGGCACAUGGUUAUCCCUUACAUGCCAAUGUUGGUACCUCCAGUCAAGUGGACAGGUUAUGACAAAGGUGGGCAUCUGUUUCUUCCUUCGUAUGUCAUGCGCACACAUGGUGCAAGACAGCAACGUGAAGCAGUCAAAAGGGCACCAAUUAAUCAGUUGCGACCAGUCUAUGAGGCCCUGGAUACACUUGGAAACACCAAAUGGAGGGUGAACAAAAGGGUCCUCAGUGUGGUAGAUAGGAUAUGGGCUAGCGGAGGUCGUCUUGGUAACUUGGUUGACCGCAAUGACAUCCCUUUGCCAGAGGAACCUGAAACGGAGGACGAAGCUAUACUGAGGAAGUGGAAAUGGAAAGUUAAAUCUAUCAAAAAAGAAAACAGUGAAAGGCACUCACAACGUUGUGAUAUAGAGUUAAAACUUGCUGUGGCCCGAAGAAUGAAAGAUGAAGGAGGUUUUUUCUAUCCACACAACCUUGAUUUUCGAGGCCGUGCAUAUCCAAUGCAUCCACAUUUAAAUCAUCUGGGAUCUGAUGUAUGUAGAGGUAUGCUUGAGUUUGCAGAGGGACGUCCUCUUGGAAAGUCAGGCCUGCACUGGCUGAAGAUACACUUGGCAAAUUUAUUUGCAAAUGGUGUAGAUAAAUUAUCUCAUGAGGCUAGAAUAGCCUUUACCGAAAAUCACCUGGAGGAUAUAUUUGAUUCAGCUGACAGGCCACUUGAAGGACGACGUUGGUGGUUAAAUGCUGAAGAUCCAUUCCAGUGUUUGGCUGUGUGUAUAAAUCUCUCAGAAGCCUUGAGAAGCCAGUCUCCUGAGACAACUAUUUCGCAUAUUCCUGUUCAUCAGGAUGGUUCCUGCAAUGGUUUACAGCACUAUGCUGCUCUUGGAAGAGACAAGUUAGGAGCAUCUGCUGUUAAUCUGGUGGCUGGAGAAAAACCUGCUGAUGUUUACUCAGGAAUAGCUGCUAGAGUUCUGAACAUCAUGAAGAGAGAUGCACAAAAAGAUCCUGCAGUUUUUCCAGAUGCAUUGCGAGCAAGGGUUUUAGUCAAUCAGGUUGACAGGAAAUUGGUCAAGCAAACAGUGAUGACCUCAGUGUAUGGUGUAACCUAUAUUGGUGCUCGUGAUCAAAUUAAGAGGAGAUUGAAGGAGCGUGGUGCAAUUGCUGAUGAUGCAGAGCUCUUUGGUGCGGCUUGUUAUGCUGCAAAAGUCACCUUGACUGCAUUAGAGGAAAUGUUUGAAGCUGCACGAAGUAUCAUGAGCUGGCUUGGAGAAUGUGCAAAGGUUAUUGCAUCUGAAAACCAGACCGUUAGGUGGAUGACUCCACUUGGACUUCCUGUUGUGCAGCCCUACCGUCAGCUAGGAAGGCAUCUUAUUAAGACUUCACUUCAGGUGUUGACACUGCAACGCGAAACAGAGAAGGUCAUGGUAAAGAGGCAAAGGACAGCUUUUCCUCCAAAUUUUGUCCAUUCCCUCGAUGGUUCACAUAUGAUGAUGACGGCAGUUGCAUGCAGAAAGGCAGGCUUGAAUUUUGCAGGUGUUCAUGAUUCUUAUUGGACACACGCAUGUGAUGUGGAUGAAAUGAACAGGAUACUAAGAGAGAAGUUUGUUGAACUCUAUGAAACACCAAUACUUGAGAAUUUGUUGGAGAACUUUCAAAAGACCUUUCCGUCAUUGUCUUUUCCAGCUUUGCCGGAGCGGGGUGACUUCGAUCUUAAAGAUGUUCUGGAUUCCACGUAUUUCUUUAACUGACACAAUAUAUCCAGGAAAUUGAAUGCCGGGCAUUUUAUCGAUACUAGAAAUGCACAUAGCAUCUCUAUGUUCAAUCUUUCCAUCAAUGAGGAUGAUGAAGAGAAGAUAAGAGCCUUCAACCAAAACACUGUACACCAUCAAUGAGCUGGCUCUGCAGUAUCUAAGCGUAAAGUUUGAUCAUUUCAGAGUCCACGGAUCUCUUAUACACUUGAGUGUUGGGAGUUCCUACACUCGGAUGGAUGUUUACAGGGAGAUGUGCAAGUUCAACCUAAACGGGUAUCAAGAGCUUUUGAGUGUUCUCAAGUUGAUGUCGCAUAGCUUCUGAAUAAGACUAUUAUAUGUAUGACCAAAGGAAAGCGCAAUAGUGUGCUUGCAUAGCGUUGUUUCACCGUAAAGGGCUUUUGCCGAAAGCCCAGGCGAUGAUAUGUGUAUAUAUUAUGAAUUCCCCGACGAGACGAGACGAGACUAACAAGAGACCGGAAAGCCGUAGGGAUGCAUCGAGGAAGUACCCACAAGGCGUCCGCCGUAUAUCCACAAUUUUGUUGUACAGCAGUAAUGCAGAUGCUUCUCAGGUGGAUUUACCAGCCUGCUUUACACCAUCUCUCCUCCUCGUGUUUUUGUAUAUAGAGCUGUAUAUUUGAGGCAAAGGGUCUUCGUUUCUUAAUUCUCUCAGAGUAGACCCAGAAACCACUAACUAUAGUAGUAGUGGUAGUAGUGUUUCUUUUCAACUGGCUUAAAAUUUACGGAUUGAUUGCCUCUUCUUUCAAAUAGAGGUAGUAGCGAUUUUACCCU